GAUGCUAUAAAUCAAGCAGACAAGCGGCCAUGCAUCGUCUAACAGUCGAAUCCGAUCCCAAUGGCAAGGAGGACAACAUUGCUAGUCCAACAGAAGUAAUGCACAGUCACGAGAAUAGUCGAAACUUGAAGCAUAUAGUGAAACGAUGGACCAGUUCCGAACGGUUGUGCUAUUCCAUCGAGUUAAUCGCGAAGGAAGAUUUCGUGCUGGACCUAAGUCGACUACAACCGAUGCCGAUGUUCUGCUCGCUACCUUGGAUUUCCGAUAACAACCUCCAGUAUCAGCGCUUCGUCGACACACCGAUGAUGAAGAUGACCGCCAAAAUUGUACCCCACUGCACUGUGAUGAACCAUCUGUCGUGUUAUAACAUCACCGAAACACAGGUGGAUAAAUUUGUGGAAAUGGGCAACUGGAAUCUGUUCGUUAUUCGAGGAGAUACCGUCAGCGAGACUCAACGAUUCCAGCAUUCUUCCGACUUGGUAGAAUAUCUGCGAGACAAAAACAACCCGGAACUGACGAUUGCCGUUGGGGGUUAUCCGUAUGUGCACCCGGAGUCACCGUCGAUGGAUCAUGACGUCAAGUGUCUGAAGAAAAAGGUCGAUCUCGGCGUCGAGUUCAUCCUGACGCAAACACUCUACGACGCGCCCUCCUUCGUGCACUACGUGGACGAAUGUCGCCGUGCUGGUAUCACAGUUCCUAUUGUACCGGGUAUGUUCCUGCCAAGCUCCUACCAGCAGCUGGAAACGAUACUGAGCUUGACCCGUGUAAAUCCCCCUCGGGCGGUGCUAGAUCUGCUGCAAAGUCACGCCCACGACGAUCCGGAUCAGUUCGAGGCUUUUGUUGUGAAACACUUUGGCGAACUAGUGCGGACCCUUCGGCAGGAACGGCCGGACGAGGUGAAGUUGGUGCACUUUUUUACCUUCAAUCGGUUGGAUUUGCUCAAGAAGAUAUUAGAUACAGUAAGUGACUUGCUCUGAAGCUGAUGUAGAAUCCAAUGUAUGAACGUCCAAUGAUGUAAUGAUGAAAAUAAAAUGAAGCGUGAUCAAACCCAGGAUUAUUCGGUAGUUUUAGU